UUGGGUGAAAAAAGGCGCGAAACAGCUGUUGUGGAGAAUCUGUUUAUUUUCUCUGGAUUUAUUUCUUUUUUAUCACUAAAAAUUAUUUAUAAAGUGGUAAUUUGAUAGGGAAGAUGUCUCACUUGCUAGCAGACAUCGAUGCCACCUGUGCAUCGCUUGGACUCAAUGAUGGGGAGCGAUAUAUCAGCGCCCCGGACAGCCUUGCGAGUUUGAAGCACUUGAUAUGGAUUUUGCGUCGUGACAACGAUACCCACGAAUACCGACGCCACAUAGGGCAGUCCACGGUUCUCCGGAUGGAUCUGCUUCCCAUGCUCGUUUGCCACGAUGAGGAUCCGGAAUACUUUGAUGUUCUCCUACGUUUGCUCCUGAAUUUGACAUGCUCAUCGUAUUUCCUGUAUCAGAACACCAUACCCAAGGAUAAGGCAAAUCACAAAUUCUACAUGGAGCUCAAUUUUAUCCUUGGCAAGUACAAAGAGGCCUUUGCAGAUGAGAUUGUGUGGAUUGUGCUGAAGAAUCAUCUGGCUAAGUUUCUGGAAACCGCCAGCAUGGAUCGCAGUGAAGAACAAGAACUCAUUAUUGAGCGAAUUCUCGUGCUUUUGCGGAAUAUUCUGCAAAUCCCAUCAAAUGCUGGUUCGGAGAGGGAGCACGACACCGACUCUCUGCACGACCAAAUACUCUGGGCACUCCAGCAGUCAGGGAUGACUGACAUAAUCCUCUUCGUACUCUCGUCAAACAGCGAAAAUCAAUACCAUUUCCAUGCCCUCGAAGUUGUGUACUACAUGCUCCACGAGCAGACCGCGGAGGCUCUUGCCCAAACGAAGAAGGAGCGGACGAGUGACGAGAAGGAGUAUGAUAACAACAAAUUGCGAACUGUUAGGUGUGUAGAGAGAGAUAAAUUGCAGUCACGCUCUGUGUCCGGGAGACACUCGAGAUUUGGCGGGACGUACGUUCUGAAGAAUAUAAAAUCUGUCUCGGAGAAGGAUGUAAUAUGUCACCAGAGAAUUGAUAAGGCCAUUAAUGUAACAUUCGAUGGGGAGAAGAAGAAAAAGCGACAAUCGAAGGGAAUUACGGGGGAUUUUGCGCCACAACGAAAAAGCCUCUAUGCCAUCCGUAUUCACCUUCGGGAGUUUUGCAUUCAGAUCCUCGAUCGGGCAUAUAAUCCGCUAAUUCGUCAAGUGAAGCGCAUCAUUGAUUCCAAUCAGCACUCAGGUGCUCAGCAGGAUGAUUCCUACCUCUUCUGGGCCAUUCGCUUCUUUAUGGAAUUCAAUCGACACAAUGGCUUCCGCUUGGAUCUCGUGAGUGAGACAGUCAACGUGCAGACAUUCCACUGGAUCCUGACACGGGUGCAAGAUGCAAUGGAGCUGUUGGCGCUGGAAAAGAAGAACUUCCGGCCAUUAGCUAAGAAGCUCCAUGUGCGAAUGCUGGCCUUCCGGGAGUGCCUACUGACGCUGUGUGCAAUGCAAAAAGUCAAUGAUGAUGCCAAUCAGUGUCUCUUUAAGCAAAUCCAGAAUAACAUUUUCUACGUAAUGGAAUUCCGGGAAAUUGUCCUUCAGUCGCUACUCCAUUUCAAGGAAACGCAAGUCACGAAAUCCUACCUAAUCGAUAUCAUUCAGAUGGCACAUUUGUACUUGAAGAUGUUUGAGAAAUUCUGUCGUGGAACGGUUUUUGUGCAAUGCCCAAAAAGCAAGGGGAGAAAAAAGUCAAAAAAGCCCAAGAACGCGCCCAAGAAGAGGGUAAUCAAGAGUUGGGGGGAGAUUAGGGGAGAAAUUCAUGAGAAACUCACGAUGGAGUUGCCAAAAGAUGACUCAAUAAUCCCCUUUGAUGCCACCUCCAAUGUACCCAUCGAUGAUCAGAGCGAAAACUGCAUGAAAACAAUAUUUUCAUUGCUACACAGUGAAAAUUACGAGCGAGCAGUUAUGUAUUUGCGUGCUGCGAGGGAAGUAUGGCCUAAUGCGGCAUUUGGUGAGGAAGAUGCCACGACUGAUGAUGAUUUGGAAAUAUUGAAGACUAUCUAUCUCGCCAAUCUUGAGCAUAAUCCCCAAAAUGAGAAUGAAAAUGAGGAUGAUGAUGAGGGUAAUGAGAGUGAGGUUGAUGAAGAAAACUACACAAACUUCACCGAGAAGCAAUUUAAUUUUGAUGACUACGCUAAAAGAUUGCUCAAUCCUAAAAUAAUCCGCCUAUGUGUGUUGGUUCUAUUUGAAUGGAGGACACUAUCGGCAAAUGCUCUCUUUAGUGCUGUCUCGGUGCUACAUUACAUUGCUGUAAAAUUCAAAAUGCCCGAAAUGCUGUAUCAAGCAUCGCUGUUUCGGGUAUUUCAGGAAGUACUUAACGCCCCCAGAGAAAGCCACCACGAUGAACUGAGGCGCUUGGCAACAUUCAUCGUGAGACGUUUCACGGAGGAUGCCAAGAAGAAUGCGAAAAUUUAUGCAGGCUUGUUUUUCUACAAAACCCUCCGUGAUUGCAAUGUGGACGAUGAUGAUGGUGGAGCACCGAAGAAGGGGGGGCGAAAGGGCAAAAAAGCCACCACAGCGACAGACACAAAUGAUGAUCAAUCUGAUGAUGACAAUGCGAUGGAUGCCGCAGAGAAUGGCGAAAUUUCCCCCAGAAGGCCAUCGAUGGAUGGAGAGAUUAGUAGAAUGAAUGGGGAUGAAAUAAAUCGGGGCAACACCACGCGUGAACCGCAGAUGAGGAAUAGGAAUGAGAAUAUCGAUACAGAUGGUAUCCGGGUGAUUGUUGGGAAAUUGAAAGCUCAAUUUAGGAGCGCCCUUCACUGGCUCCAAGAGACACUCACCGAUGAAAUUCAAGAGAUGUCGCAAAAUCCACCGGAAGACGAUGAAGACAAUGCCGUACCACUAGUUCCGCUCUUUGAGGAGCACAAAGUGGCACUUGAAAGUGUCGAAUUUCAACAACUUCUCACAGCAAUGGGGAUGCUGCAACCACUAGAGAGUGAGAUUUAUUGGCGCAUACCAAAUAACAUAUCUGCGGAGGAGCUACAAAGUCGCUGUGACCUUCUCGCUGAUGGAAAUGGAUUACAAUGUAACAAGCGUGCCAGAUCCGACACAGAUAUUUCGGGAACUGAGGUGGAAGACGGCGGAAAGACGAAUGGCCCAAUUGACGACGACAACGACGGAGACGACGAUGUCAUCGAUGUGCGAAAGAAGCGAAGGGUUCACAAUGCCAUCGAUAGCGAUGAGGAAGAUGCUGAUUGAGAAUUAUAACCCAUGAAGCAAA